UCCCGGAGUAUGUGACGCCCAGGAAUAAACACACUUAGGAGACGCCGUGUGCGCCGCCUCGAGCAGCUCCGACUGGCCACCCGGAGGGGCCCAACCGCCGGCCGCCUGUGCGCCCCGGGCCGCGGGCCCGCCGCUCAGCGCAAACCCCGCUGGCCGCCGCCAUGCACGCCGCGGAGCCCCCACCACCCGAGGACUCUGGGACUACGCCGAGGCCGAACUUUUAGGUCCCACUGAGCGAGGCCCGCGGGCCGGGUGGGGGGCUGGCCGCGGCACUCCCGCAGAGGAUGGAUGGCCGAGACUUCGGGCCCCAGCGGUCUGUGCACGGCCCCCCGCCGCCGCUACUGUCUGGCUUGGCCAUGGACAGCCACCGCGUGGGCGCGGCCACUGCCGGACGCUUGCCUGCCUCGGGCUUGCCCGGCCCGCUGCCGCCCGGGAAGUACAUGGCCGGCCUCAACCUCCACCCGCACCCGGGCGAGGCCUUCCUGGGCAGCUUUGUGGCCAGCGGGAUGGGGCCCUCGGCCUCGUCCCAUGGGAGCCCGGUGUCCCUGCCCUCUGACCUCUCCUUCCGCUCCCCCACCCCCAGCAACCUGCCCAUGGUGCAGCUGUGGGCUGCCCAUGCGCAUGAAGGCUUCUCCCACCUGCCCAGUGGGCUGUACCCAUCCUACCUCCACCUGAACCACCUGGAGCCCCCCAGCAGCGGGAGCCCCCUCCUCAGCCAGUUGGGCCAGCCCAGCAUUUUCGAUACCCAGAAAGACGGCUUCUACCUGCCCGCCCCGGGGGCUGCGGGCGCCCUUCACUCUCACGUGCCCUCUGCCAGGACCCCCAGCAGCCACUCCUCAGGGGCUCCAGCCAAAGGCUCAUCGUCGAGGGAAGGUCAGGCCAAGGAGCGGGCGGGCCGUGGCGGGGAGCCACCCCCGCUGUUCGGCAAGAAGGACCCUAGAGCCCGCGAGGAGGCAGCAGGGCCGCGUGGCGUAGUGGACCUGACCCAGGAGGCGCGGGCUGAGGGCCGUCAGGACCGCGGGCUCCCGCGCCUGGCGGAGCGCCUGUCCCCUUUCCUGGCCGAACCCAAGGGCAAGAGCGUGCUGCAGCCAUCGGUGCUGAGCAUAUGCAACGGCGCGGGGGACGCGGGGCUGUCUGCGCUGGUGGCCGAGGCGGGCCGCAGCGGCACCAAGGAGGCGGCCCGGCAGGACGAGAGCGCGCGGCUGCUGCGGCGCACAGAGGCCCUGCUGCCCGGGCCGCGGCCCUGCGCCUCGCCGCUGCCCCCGCCGCCACCCAAGGGGCCGCCCGCGCCGCCUGCCUCCGCGCCCGCGCCCACUGGCGUCUACACCGUUUUCCGUGAGCCGGGCCGCGAGCACCGCGUGGUGGCGCCCACCUUCGUGCCUUCUGUGGAGGCCUUCGACGAGCGCCCGGGGCCCAUCCAGAUCGCGUCUCAGGCGCGCGACGCCCGGGCCCGCGAGCGGGAGGCGGGCAGGCCGGGGGUCUUGCAGGCGACACCCGGCUCCCCGCGGCCGCCGGACCGGCCUGAGAGCCUGCGCGAGAAGAACUCGGUGAUCCGUUCGCUCAAGCGGCCGCCACCCGCCGACGCCCCAGCGUCGCGGGCUGCGCGCGCUUCCCCGGACGCCCGGGCCUACCUGCCGGCCAAGGACCUGCUCAAGCCCGAGGCCGAGCCGCGGCCCUGCGAGCGCGCGCCCCGGGGCCCCGCGGCCCAGCAGGCCGCCAAGCUCUUCGGCUUGGAGGCUGGACGGCCGCCCCCGCCCGCCGGCCCCGAGCACAAGUGGAAGCCUUUUGAACUGGGCAACUUCGCCACCACGCAGAUGGCUGUGCUGGCCGCGCAACACCACCAUGCCAGCCGCGCUGAGGAGGAGGCCGUGGCAGCCUCCAAGAAGGCCUACCUGGACCCCGGGGGCGGGCUGCCCCGCAACGCGGCCUCCUGCGGCAGGCCCGGCGCUGACUUGCACCCUGUGACCCAUGGACCCGGAGAGGCCUCGGCCAUGCAGAGUCUCAUCAAGUACAGCGGCAGCUUUGCCCGGGAGGCGGUGGCCGUGCGCCCUGGCGGUUGUGGCAAGAAGAGUCCAUUUGGAGGCCUGGGCACCAUGAAACCUGAGCCGGCGCCCACCGCUGCGGGCGCCCCACGUGCCCAGGCCCGCCUCCCGCACCCCGGAGGCCCUGCAGCUGGCGGUGGCCGGCAGCUGAAGCGGGACCCCGAGAGGCCUGAGAGCGCCAAGGCCUUCGGGCGAGAGGGCUCCGGUGCCCAGGGUGAGGCAGAAGUUCGACACCCACCCGUGGGCAUUGCGGUGGCGGUGGCUCGGCAGAAGGACAGUGGUGGCAGUGGCCGGCUGGGGCCUGGGUUGGCGGAUCAGGAGCGCUCCCUGUCACUGAGCAACGUCAAAGGGCAUGGCCGAGCAGACGAGGACUGUGCGGAUGACCGAGCCAGGCACCGGGAGGAACGGCUGCUGGGGGCGCGGCUGGACCGGGACCAAGAGAAGCUGCUCCGGGAAAGUAAGGAGCUGGCCGACUUGGCCCGCCUGCACCCCACCAGCUGUGCUCCUAACGGCCUGAACCCCAACCUCAUGGUGACUGGGGGCCCGGCACUGGCAGGCUCAGGUCGCUGGUCUGCUGACCCUGCAGCCCACCUGGCCACGCACCCCUGGCUGCCCCGCUCGGGCAGCACGUCCAUGUGGCUUGCCGGACACCCUUACAGCUUGGGCCCCCCCUCUCUGCACCAGGGCAUGGCCCCUGCAUUCCCACCCAGCUUGGGGGGCUCCCUACCAUCAGCCUACCAGUUUGUCAGGGACCCCCAGUCGGGCCAGCUGGUGGUCAUUCCCAGUGAUCACCUGCCUCACUUUGCGGAGCUGAUGGAGCGAGCCGCGGUGCCACCCCUCUGGCCUGCCCUGUACCCGCCGGGCCGCAGCCCCCUGCACCAUGCCCAGCAGCUGCAGCUGUUCUCCCAGCAGCACUUCCUGCGGCAGCAGGAGUUGUUGUACCUGCAGCAGCAGGCGGCGCAGGCCCUGGAACUGCAGAGGAACGCACAACUGGUGCAGGAGCGGCUGAAGGCCCAGGAGCACCGGGCAGAGAUGGAGGAGAAGGCGGGCAAGCGGAACCUGGAGGCCACGGGCAAGGCUGGCCUGGCCGCCGCAGGCCCAGGGCUGCUGCCUCGGAAGCCCCCCGGCUUGUCUGCCGGCCCCACAGGCACCUACGCCAAGGCCAUGAGCCCACCGCCAUCUCCCCGCGCAUCCCCCGUGGCUGCCCUGAAGGCCAAAGUCAUCCAGAAGCUAGAGGACGUGUCCAAGCCUCCCGCCUACGCCUACCCUGCCACUCCCAGUGCCCACCCGACCAGCCCGCCACCUGCCUCGCCACCGCCCACCCCUGGCAUCACCCGCAAGGAGGAGGCCCCCGAGAACGUCGUGGAGAAGAAGGACCUGGAGCUGGAGAAGGAAGCCCCCAGCCCCUUCCAGACCCUGUUCUCAGAUAUCCCACCCAGGUACCCGUUCCAAGCCCUGCCGCCGCACUACGGGAGGCCCUACCCGUUCUUGCUGCAGCCCACGGCGGCUGCCGAUGCAGACGGCCUGGCCCCUGAUGUGCCGCUCCCAGCUGAUGGGCCUGAGCGCCUGGCACUCUCACCGGAAGACAAGCCCAUCCGUUUGUCACCCUCCAAGAUCCCAGAGCCGCUGCGGGAGGGCCCUGAGGAAGAGCCGCUGGCUGAGCGGGAGGUGAAGGCGGAGGUGGAGGACAUGGACGAGGGCCCUGCAGAGCUGCCGCCUCUGGAGUCUCCUCUGGCCCUGCCCGCCGAGGAAGCCAUGGUGGCUCCGAGCCCCGUGGGCGGCUGCGGAGGAGGUCUGCUGGAGGCCCAGGCGCUGAGUGCCGCCGGGCAGGGGUGCACUGAGCCUUCCGAGUGCCCAGAAUUUGUGGAGGGGGCUGAAGCUCGGGUGGACUCGCCGGGCCGGACAGAAUCCUGUGCGGCUGCCCUAGACUUGGGGGGGCGGCUGACGCCCCAGACGCUGGUGGAGGCUAAGGAGGAGCCGGUGGAGGUGCCUGUGGCUGAGGCAGCACCUGAAGAAGGCCUGGCGCAGGUGGCCCCGAGCGAGCCCCAGCCCAGCCUAGAAUUGUCAGACUGUGACAUGCCCACUAGGGAGGGACAGUGCCCGAGCCUGGAGCCCCAGGAAGCCACACCUGUGUCCAGCAGUGCCUGCCACCUGGAAGAGGCAAGCGCUGACCAGUUCUUGCCUGGCCUGGAGGACCCACUGGCUGGCAUGAAUGCCCUGGCGGCGGCUGCGGAGCUGCCCCAGGCCAGGCCUCUGCCCUCCCCAGGCACUGGAACCCAGGCUUCGGAGAAGCUAGAACCGGCUCAGAGCCUUGUGCUGGAGAAGAGCUUCCUGCACGGCAUCACCCUGCUGAGUGAGAUUGCGGAGCUGGAGCUGGAGCGGCGGGGCCAGGAUGUGGGAGGUGCGGAGCGGGGCCUGGUGGUGCGGCCCUCGCUGGAGAGCCUGCUGGUGGCCGGCAGCCACAUGCUGAAGGAGGUGCUGGAUGGCCCCUUCGUGGACCCGCUCAAGAACCUGAGGCUUCCACGGGAGCUGAACCCCAACAAGAAGUACAGCUGGAUGCAGAAGAAGGAGGAGCGGAUGUACGCGAUGAAGUCCUCCUUGGAGGACAUGGACGCCCUGGAGCUGGACUUCCGGAUGCGGCUGGCAGAGGUGCAACGGCAGUACAAAGAGAAGCAGCGGGAGCUGGUGAAACUGCAGAGGCGCCGGGACUCCGAGGACAGGCGCGAGGAACCCCAUAGAAGCUUGGCACGCAGAGGCCCUGGCAGGCCGCGGAAACGGACCCACGCCCCGAGCGCCCUGUCGCCCCCCCGCAAGAGAGGGAAGAGCCGCAACAGUAGCGGAAAGCUGAGCAGCAAGUCCCUGCUGACAUCAGAUGACUACGAGCUGGGAGCAGGGAUAAGGAAGAGACACAAGGGGCCCGAGGAGGAGCACGAGGCUCUCAUUGGAAUGGGGAAAGCCAGGGGGAGGAACCAGACGUGGGAUGAGCACGAAGCCUCGUCCGACUUCCUCAGUCAGCUAAAGAUUAAGAAGAAGAAGAUGGCCAGCGACCAGGAGCAGUUGGCAAGCAAGCUAGACAAGGCCCUCUCCCUCACAAAGCAGGACAAGUUGAAAUCGCCCUUCAAGUUUUCGGACAGUUCUGGGGGGAAAUCGAAAACUAGUGGGGGCUGCGGCAGGUACUUGACUCCUUAUGACAGCCUGCUGGGCAAGGACAGGAAGGCUCUGGCCAAAGGCCUCGGCCUGUCUCUUAAAUCCUCCAGAGAAGGUAAACACAAAAGGGCCGCCAAAGCCAGGAAGAUGGAAGUGGGGUUCAAGGCCAGAGGCCAGCCCAAGUCGGCCCAUUCUCCGUUCACCUCGGAAGUGAGCAGCUACUCCUACAAUACGGACUCAGAGGAAGAUGAAGAGUUCCUGAAGGACGAGUGGUCUGCCCAAGGCCCCUCCGGCUCCAAGCUGACGUCCUCCAUCCUGUGUGGCGUGGUGGCGAAGAGCAGCAAGGCGGCCGGCGGCCCCAAGCUGACCAAGAGGGGCCUAGUGGCCCCCCGGACUCUGAAACCCAAGCCUGCCGCCAGCAGGAAGCAGCCGUUUUGUUUGCUGCUCCGAGAGGCCGAGGCCCGUUCCUCCUUCAGCGACUCUUCGGAGGACUCGUUUGACCAAGAUGAGAGCUCCGAGGAGGACGAGGAGGAGGAGCUCGAGGAGGAGGAGGACGAGGCCGGUGGCAGCUCCAGGCUGGGCGCCCGGGAGCGGGCCCUGUCGCCAGGCCUGGAGGAGAGCGGGCUGGGCCUAUUGGCCCGCUUUGCAGCCAGCGCGCUCCCCAGCCCUGCAGCGGGGCCGUCCCUGUCGGUGGUGCAGCUGGAGGCCAAGCAGAAGGCCCGGAAGAAAGAGGAGCGGCAGAGCCUGCUGGGCACGGAGUUCGAGUACACGGACUCGGAGAGCGAGGUCAAGGUGCGCAAGCGGUCGCCGGCGGGGCUGCUGCGGCCCAAGAAAGCGCUGGGGGAGCCGGGGCCGCCCGCGCCCGCACCCGCGCCCGCCGCUCGGGGCCCCGCCAGCCCCGACAAGGCCAAGCUGGCGGCGGAGAAGGGGCGCAAGGCCCGGAAGCUGCGGGGCGGCAAGGAGCCAGGUUUCGAGGCGGGGCCUGAGGCCAGCGACGACGACCUGUGGACGCGGCGUCGCAGUGAGCGCAUCUUCCUGCACGACGCCUCGGCCGCCGCGCCUACACCCGCCCGCGCCGCGCCCGCGCCCGCGCCCCGGACCCGCGCCAAGGGCGGCCCGCUGAGCCCACGCAAGGACACCGGCCGCGCCAGGGACAGGAAGGACCCCAGGAAGAAGAAGAAAGGGAAGGAGGCCAGUCCAGGAGCCGCGCUGCCACCACCCCGCACUCCCGCCCUGCCCUCCGAGGCCAGGGCCCCUCAUGCCAGCUCCCUGGCCGCUGCCAAGAGGAACAAGGCCAAGGCCAAAGGGAAAGAGGUGAAGAAGGAGAAUCGGGGAAAGGGAGGCGCCGUGAGCAAGUUGAUGGAGAGCAUGGCGGCUGAGGAGGACUUUGAGCCCAACCAGGACUCCAGCUUCUCUGAGGAUGAACACCUGCCACGUGGCGGGGUUGUGGAACGGCCACUGACUCCAGCCCCUCGCUCCUGCAUCAUCGACAAGGAUGAGCUGAAGGACGGCCUGCGGGUGCUCAUCCCCAUGGACGACAAGCUGCUGUACGCGGGGCACGUGCACACGGUGCACUCGCCAGACAUAUACCGUGUGGUGGUGGAGGGCGAGCGCGGCAACCGGCCCCACAUCUACUGUCUGGAGCAGUUGCUGCAGGAGGCGAUCAUCGACGUGAGGCCGGCCUCUACUCGCUUCCUGCCACAAGGGACCAGGAUCGCAGCCUACUGGAGCCAGCAGUACCGUUGUCUCUACCCGGGCACUGUGGUCCGAGGGUUACUGGACCUGGAGGAUGACGGGGACCUGAUCACCGUGGAGUUUGAUGACGGAGACACAGGGAGGAUCCCCCUCUCACACAUCCGCCUCCUGCCUCCCGACUAUAAGAUCCAGUGUGCCGAGCCGUCGCCGGCCCUCCUGGUGCCGAGCGCCAAGCGCCGCAGCCGGAAGACCAGCAAAGACACCGGGGAAGGCAAAGAUGGGGGCACGACAGGGUCAGAGGAGCCGGGAGCCAAGGCGCGAGGGCGCGGGCGGAAACCCAGCACCAAGGCCAAGGGCGACAGAGCUGCUGUCCUGGAGGAAGGGGGCUCAACGGACGAGGUCCCCAGUACUCCCUUGGCCCUGGAGCCGAGCAGCACCCCAAGUUCCAAGAAGAGCCCCCCAGAGCCUGUGGACAAGCGGGCCAAAGCCCCCAAGGCCCGCGCGGCAGCCCCACAGCCCAGCCCCGUGCCGCCCACCUUUGCCAGCGGCCCAGCUCCUGAGCCCUUUGGGGAGCUGCCGGCACCCCCCGCUGCCCCCCUCAUAACCAUGCCCGCCACUCGCCCCAAGCCCAAGAAGGCGCGGGCUGCCGAGGAGUCGGGCGCCAAGGGCCCUCGCAGGCCGGGGGAGGAGGCCGAGCUGCUCGUCAAACUGGACCACGAGGGGGUCAUGUCGCCCAAAAGCAAGAAGGCCAAAGAGGCCCUUCUGCUCCGUGAGGAUCCGGGGGCAGGGGGCUGGCAGGAGCCCAAGGGCCUGCUGAGCCUGGGGGGCUAUACCCCAGCAGCGGGAGGCAGCGAGCCCAAGACCGCCUGGCCCAAGGCCGCGGAUGGGGACCUGGCUCCGGAGUCCGGGGCAGGGCUUGCGUUCGAGGACUCUGGGAACCCCAAGAGCCCGGACAAGGCCCAGGCCGAGCAGGACGGGGCUGAGGAGUCGGAGAGCGGCAGCAGCAACAGCAGCAGCAGCAGCAGCAGCAGCAGCAGCAGUGGGUCAGAGACGGAGGGCGAGGAGGACGGCGACAAGAACGGGGACGGAGGCCGCAGCGCCGGGGGCCGCAACUGCAGCGCCUCCAGCUCCAGAGCAUCCUCCCCUGCCUCCUCCUCCUCCUCCUCAUCUUCCUCUUCCUCNUCCUCCUCCUCUUCUUCCUCUUCCUCUUCUUCCUCUUCUUCAUCUUCCUCCUCCUCCUCUUCCUCCUCCUCCUCCUCUUCUUCCUCUUCCUCUUCCUCCUCUUCCUCCUCCUCAUCCUCUUCCUCAUCCUCCUCCUCCUCCACCACAGACGAGGACUCUUCCUGCAGCUCGGACGACGAGGCAGCUCCCGCCCCUGCGGCCGGGCCCUCCACCCCGCCGGCGCUCCCCGCCAAGGCAGCCAAGCAGGCGGGCAAGGCGCGCUCCUCGGCCCACUCCGCGGGCAAGAAGGCGGCUGCACCCCAGCCCCAGGCACCCCCACCGCAGCCCCCACAGCCACUGCAGCCCAAAGCUCAGGCCGGGGCCAAGAGCCGGCCCAAGAAGAGGGAGGGCGUCCACCUCCCCACCACCAAGGAGCUGGCCAAGCGGCAGCGCCUUCCGUCCGUGGAGAACCGGCCCAAGAUCGCCGCCUUCCUGCCAGCCCGGCAGCUCUGGAAGUGGUUCGGCAAACCCACCCAGAGGCGCGGCAUGAAGGGCAAGGCCCGUAAGCUCUUCUACAAGGCCAUCGUGCGUGGCAAGGAGCUCAUCCGCAUUGGGGACUGUGCCGUGUUCCUGUCAGCCGGCCGCCCCAACCUGCCCUACAUCGGCCGCAUCCAGAGCAUGUGGGAGUCGUGGGGCAACAACAUGGUGGUCCGCGUCAAGUGGUUCUACCACCCCGAGGAGACCAGCCCGGGCAAGCAGUUCCACGAGGGCCAGCACUGGGACCAGAAGUCCGGCCGCAGCCUCCCCGCAGCCCUGCGGGUCUCCAGCCAGAGGAAGGACUUCAUGGAGCGCGCCCUCUACCAGUCCUCGCACGUGGACGAGAACGACGUGCAGACGGUGUCGCACAAGUGCCUGGUGGUGGGCCUGGAGCAGUACGAGCAGAUGCUCAAGACCAAGAAGUACCAGGACAGCGAGGGCCUGUACUACCUCGCGGGCACCUACGAGCCCACCACGGGCAUGAUCUUCUCCACGGACGGCGUGCCCGUGCUCUGCUGAGCCUGCCGCGCCCUGCUGCCCUGCGGCUGCCUUGCGCCCCGAGGGCCGACAGGGCCCUCACUGUCACUGCCACGGCGCAGGGACCACGUGCGUUGUGUGCAUGCAAGUGUGCCCGUGGGUGUGUGCAUGGGGCCAGGUGUGAUGACGCCCCGGGCGAGUGUGUGUACAUGUGUGUGCCCGUAUGCAUGCACGUGUGUGCACACAUGUGCACACGUCUCAGCCCGACUUCCCUAACCCCUCAGUGCCCCCAGGACAGGGGCUCCUCUCAGCUAUCAGGGUAUGGCUCUGCCGUCCCCCCUCAGGGUGGCCUCGGCCAGGACUGGCCUCAGGCCUCCUGUCCAGCACCUUGUAAGCACUUGGCCAGGUGCCCCCAGGCCCAAGCAGACUGGGGGUUCAGUGGGGGGGGCUUCCAAGGAACCAGACUGAUGCUCACUCUGGGGCUCCCGGGCACCGUUGGCACGGAGCCAACCUCAAGGCCUCCCACCACGGGAUGGAGUGGCCCAACGCCAGCCAGCCUCAAAGACCAUGCUGGGCCUGCCCUGGGCACCCUGCUGGGCCGGCCCCCAACCUCUCAGGAUGGCCUGGACUUGGGGAACGAGCCCGGCAAGCGGGGAGCCCACGAGCACCGCCAGGCACCAGAUGGAGGGGCUGCAUGCCCUAGGGCCCAGCGAGGGCCCCUCCUGGCCCAGAUCCUCACACUACAGAAAACCCCAAUGGUGCUGAAAUCCUCGCCUGGCCACGCCCGGCCCCUCCCCGCUCAGGAGGGAGGUGGCAGUUCUUAACCUGUACAGUUUUAUUGUACCAAGAGAGACUCGCCCUGCCCCUGUAUCAUAAGCCUUUAAAUGGAGUCGACUUUUUAAUUAUAUAUAUAAAGAUAAAUAUAUAUAAAUA